UGGAUGCCAGACCUAAAAACUUUUCCAACUGCACAGGUUAGUCUGUACUCCGAGCAGUUUUUGAGGUCUAAACACAGCCAUUUUUGCCAUUUGUUAUGAUGAACCUUAAAUAACGCCAUGAUCCAAUCCCUCAUAUCAACGGGUUGAUUGGUCGCAACACGCCAACUAUCUUAUAAACAGAGCGCGGGUUUCUAUAUAUGUGUAAAAAAAUCGUUUGCAGCAGGGAAUCAAAUUGAUAUUUUAAAUGACCCUAAAUGGUAAAACAUUUAGCCUUCAUAUAGUUGGGGUUAACUUAGUACAGUGGUAAUGAUUGGUUGGGUCAUAAAAUGUAUUUAAAAGUUUGGUCUAUAUUUACUUUAAGGCAUCUUGUACCUCAGGGUUAUGGUUCCCUGAAGGGUAAGGGUUGUGUAUGUGUUUGUUUAAAUUUAGUGUAAUAAAUAAUGGUUAAGGCUAAUAUUAUGGUUAGGUGUAAAGUACUGUAUCCUUUACUUAGUAUAGCCAUAUAUGGACAGGGUCCAAUACUUUAAAUGGGAGCCAAACAUUGCUGAAUUUGAACACAUUAACACAUGUAACAUUAAUUUAUUAUGAAAAUAGGAGUCCACCUGCAGCAAUCUAAUUAAUAAAACUGGCAUUACACAUCAAACUUUUAACAAGGAUAUUUAUAGUAUCCAAAUAUUAAAUUCCUUGUGUUUAAGUUAUUAUUUAUGAAGCAAGUGAUUUAUGAAUCAACCUUCAUAUCUUUCUAUUUGGUUUAACAAUGUUUAAUAGUCUUACUGAUAAAAUUAUAAUAAUACUGUCGUUAAUUACUGGCAAUAUACUGCAUCUCAUGAUGAUCUGGAUUUUUUUAGGAUAAAGCUUAACACCCAUUCUCAAAUUAAUAGUUUGAAGCAAUACUAAAAUGUCUCUUUUCUGAUUUAAUUUCUAAACCGGGUUCUGUCCCAACUUUUGGACUUUUCUUAAGAUUUUGUCUUCCUGUUCUGGUUAGGAUGUUGCUGUAUUGUGAUGUACCAAUAAAUCUUGUACAUCAAUCAAUAUGAGAAGAUAUGAUGGUAUGAUGGUAUGAUUUCAUAUCAGCAGGUUAGCAAGCAUUCAUUGAUGUGAAUGUUUAUUUUGAAGAAAAUGAUAUGGAUUCCCUAGAGGUGAAUUCUAUAAAACAAGACCUCAAUGAACAAGAUACUGAAUUAACAAGUGGGGAUGGAUGCAACAAACUGGCAGAUAAUUCCAAUCUAGUGGCUGAUUCACAAAACCAUGACGAUGACUCAGACUUAAAGCACCUGGUUGAUGACAGAGAAAGUCCUGUAAUAAUAAGAGAUGAAACUAUUGUUCAGCUUCAAAAUCAUGGUCCUAAUGUACCUACUUCUAUCCAAUCCAGUCCUGACCAGCUGAAUGACCUUCAGAGUUACCUUGUGACCUUCAACAAGGAAAUAGGUCAUGGAGGGCAGCCAACAGGUUACAGCAUAGGAGAAAUACACGUAGAUACUAGUAAUUUACAAAGUUCAGCAAGACCUGUUUUAUACAGUGAUGGUCAGAUAAUAAAUGUUUCUACAAGUCUACAUUCUAGCCAAGGGCUGUCCAGUAUAAGUGAUGAUAGUAAAGUAGAAAUUUCUAUGACAACAGAUAACCUUGACCCUCAGAGUCAGACUUUGAAGUUAGCAGAAGCUCUGUCUAACAGUGGUGCACUUCUACAACAAUCUGACAGUGUUAUCAGUCAAAGUGUGUUAUCUCCCUUGUCACAUUCACCAGAUCAGCAGAGAACUGUUGUUUUACAAGGAUUACCAGGGGCUCCAGGAACUUUGGUACAGGUAAAUGUACCAGGAAAGAAAGUUUUACCAGUUGUCUCCCUUGAUGGUAAAGAACAGAUGCAGGUGUCAAUGGAUUCCAUGACAACAGUUAUUCCCCAGAUAAUUCAUGUGUCUCAGCCAUCAGAAAUAUUACAAACAGGGAUAGAGGCUAUGAAAACUGAUGUGAUUACCACAGUAGCUUCAAAUUCAGCUGGAAUGGGAUCACUACAAGGAAUUCAGAUUGGCCAGGCAGAUAUAACCAAUGCUCAGUUGAUAGCCUUACAGAAUGCAGAGAGUGCCAAUACACAGUUAGUAACAGUAAAUACUCCACAGGAGAUCCAGUUGAUGGGAACUAGUGAUACAGAGACGGGGUCAAGUACUAAUUUCCAAACUGUUUCAAUUGUACCUACAUCAGUGGAUCAGGGCGGUGAGAUGAAUUAUGUUUUGAUCGUUUCACAACCAGAUGGAGAAAAAGAAGGAGGCUCUCCAAAACAGUUUGCCUUGGAUAUGGGAAUGUUUCAACCAGUCUUUGAUUUCAAAGAGGGACAAAAUAUGGUUGAAGAAGUUGUUGAUGAUGAUGGAACCACAAGAAAAAUAAUACGGGUGAAUUCGAUGAAUCCUAAAAAGUUUGACAUGAUUCCGUCCCCAGUUACACAGCUGCAAUGUCAUUAUUGUAGCUACACUGCUCCAAAACGUUACCUAAUGAUGCGUCAUAUGAAAACACACUCUGAAGACAGACCUUAUCAAUGUAAUCUUUGUGAGAAGAGUUUUAAAACACAUGCAUCUCUUCAAAACCAUGUGAAUACACAUACUGGAGUUAGGCCACAUAAAUGUAAGGACUGUGAAAUGGCAUUCACUACAUCUGGGGAACUCGUCAGACAUAUUCGUUACAAACACACAUUUGAAAAACCACACAAAUGUACAGAAUGUGAUUAUGCUAGUGUUGAACUAAGUAAACUUAAACGGCACAUGAGAUCACACACUGGCGAAAGACCUUAUCAAUGCCCACACUGCCCGUAUGCGAGCCCUGACACAUACAAGCUAAAGCGCCAUCUAAGAAUUCAUACUGGUGAGAAACCCUAUGAAUGUGAUGUGUGUCAUGCUCGUUUCACACAGAGUAACAGUCUGAAGGCACACAAACUUAUACACUCUGGUUUAAAGCCUGUUUUCCAGUGUGAACUUUGUCCAACAACAUGUGGCAGAAAAACUGAUCUAAAAAUUCACAUGAUGAAAUUACACAGUAAUGACAAACCUGUAGACUGUAAGAAAUGUGGCAUGGUUUUUCAAGAUCGUUACAGCUUUAAGUUACAUUUGAAAACUCAUGAUGGCGAGAAAUGUUUCAAAUGUGAUCAGUGUGAAUAUGCUGCUUUAUCACAACGUCAUUUGGAAAGUCAUUUAUUAACACAUACAGGAGAAAAACCUUUUGAAUGUGACGACUGUGAACAAACAUUUAGACAAAAACAGCUUCUUAAGCGUCACAAAAAUUUGUACCACACACCUGACUACAGCCGACCAGAACCAAAAGAGAAAACUUAUGAAUGUAAUUUAUGUGAUAAAUCUUUUGCAAAUAAAGGUAAUUUGUUACGUCACAUGCAGAACCACGAUCCAGAAUACUGGAACAAGAAGUUAGGAGACGGUGGAAAUGUUGCCUUGUCAACAGAUGAUCUGAUCCAAGGGUCAUUACUCAAUGACAUGAGAGAAGGGAAAUUAGGUUCGGCCCCCAAAGUUGUGAUUGUCCAUCCAAAUGGUAGUGUAGAGGAGGUUACCAACAGAUUACAGAAUUUGGUUGCUGAGAAACAGAUGGAAGAAAUGAUGGUUGAGGUUGUACAGGAUGACGGUAGUCCAACAGCCGUAUCUACUCAUAGUUUAGAGGAGGCUAUUAGAUCUCAAGUAGAGGCUGCAAUACAGUCACAUGCUUUAAAGGCAUUAGAGAUAGCUAAAACAAACAGUGGAGAUGACUCAGCCACAGACAACUUAACCAUUGAUCUAGAUAGACCAACUCACACAGUGACAGGUCAGCCAAAACAAACAUUCAGUAGACAGGAACUUGAAAUGGAAACAGAAAGUAGUCCUGGUUCCAAUAAUGGGUGCAUUACACUUGAUACCAGUCAGACAGGAUGGGACACUGAACACAUGAAUAAAAUUCCUGAUCAUAUUGUUAUCGUCAAACCAAAAGAUAAAAGGGGGGUGCUGAAAAUUGUAUCCGAAACAAAUCAAGAUAUAGAUGAAAGUAAAGAGAGUAAAGGAGGUUUGAUUGGAGGGGUGGGGAUAGAUGAAGACAAUAUUAGUGCAGAUUUGAAUGAUCAAAGUGUUUUACCUGUUCAACUGGACCAUGAAAUGGAAAAUGGCGAUAAUACUCAGUCUUAGAUCUAUGUUACAGUUUUUUGUUUAAUUAUAAAUUUAUUUUAAAUGUUUUGUUAAUUUAUAUUAGUUUAUUGUUAUAAUUUGAAAAUUUAUUGGUCCUUUGUAUAAAAUCAUGCAACCAAGUAGGCAGAAGUAAACUUUUACUUACUGUAAAAACCAACUUAUUUUCUGGCUGACUUUGCAGUGAUUUUCUUUCUUGAUGACUUUUCAACCAUUUAAUUUUGCUGUUUUCAAACUUUGUUGGUGUAUUCGUAUAAUAGAAGAUCAAAGAUUGCCAUACUAUAAACCAACUUAUUUGAGCAGUUACCUUAUUUUUGUUUAGUGAACUUACGUCCCUUCUAGCAUACCUCUUGGUGAUUUCUUUUCUUUGUUGAUGUACAAACUAUAUAAGAUAAGAUCAUAUAUAGAUUGAAAAAUUCACAAAGAAUUAUAGUCAUGUUACUUUUUCUACUCGCGAAAGCCGCUUGAAUGAAUCACUAAUAAUAAAUAGCAUUUUAAUUUCCCUAUUUUGACCCCAAAGUUUGCACUGAUAAUGUUUUGAAUUUACAAUUUAAAAAAAAAAAAAAACACUGACUCUUUGCUAUAUUUCUCUGGGGUUUCAGUGAAGAAGAUUGUUGAAUUUGGAAUAUCAUCAUUCAUGGUAUUUUUCUUGUUAACAGUCUCAAAAGACAUAUAUUUGUUUGGUUUACCGUUCAAUGAUAUAUUUUCAAGUUAUGUUUCUACUUGCAAAAGUCGUGUAGAUAAACAUUUUGCAAAAAAAUAGUUGAUUAACGAUAUUUAAGGCAUAAAUCAUGCAAACAGCAUUUUAAAUAUGGUAGAAAAUGUUAAAUUUCUCUCUUGAUUCUUAUUUAAAUCAUGAAUUUGAUCAAAUGAAAUAAGGAAUUAUGUUUUUUUUAAUCCUGUAAAAUAAUCACUUAAUGAUAAAUCAGUCAGAACAAUAUAGCAAUAAGUCUACUUUUGAAUUUCUAUGAAAAGGUGCCUUUUUUAACCUUUUUGGUGAAUCUUACAUUAAAUAUAUAUUAUAAAGCAUGAUAUUUUUUAUCACAGAGUUUCAAAAUUAACCUGAUGUAUAGUUGUAAGACAUGAAUAAAUGAAAACUUGAAAGGCAGGCAGGCAAACAAACUGAUUGAUUACAAAUAAAAGUGACGAAAAUAUAGCUUAAGCACAAUACUUACCCAAGAAGGAAUUACCCCCUUCCCCCUUUUUCCAUCGGCUAAUGGGUUUCAUGGCUUUUCCUCUCAAAGUAAAUUACAGUUUUGGAGGGGGAACAAUUAUUUCCGGAAGUUUUUAUGUUGCCAGACAGCAUCCUGUUAUCGAUGCAUAGCCAUCACUACAACAGCCUUACAUCAUUGUACGCAUCACACUUUGUGUUUAUCUAAAACUAAAACAGCUUGACAGAAUUCAACCAAACUUGCAGUUUUUUUUUUACAGGACAUGAAGUUAUGCACUUGCUAUUUUGAAUUUGUUUUGAUCUAAGUGAUUUAGGGGUGUUCCCAUACCAAAAAAUGGACUUUUUAUAUCAGUUUGUUAAACCACAACUCCUUGAAAACCAAACAGCUUGAUAGAAUUCAAUGACACUUGCACAGAUUCUUUCAUAGGGAAUGAAGUUGUGUACCUACUAUUUUAAUUUUCUUAUCCGAGUAACCACCACACAUACAUAAAAUAUACUACUGGCCCACAAACUGAAAAAUGGCACAUGUCACUAUUACAAUUCUGGUCAAAUUGCUAUGUUAAAAUAACAAAGGUUGUAAAAAACUUGUCCAAGAUUUAGAUUGCUCAUCUAAACUGAUUUUUUUCUAGUAUUAGAAAUUUCUGAAAUUUGAAUGACCAGAAAUUAAUUUAUAGGGUUCUUAGUGUUAAAGACACAUAACCUCCUAUAUUAAACAUGCUGUUGUAUCAAAACUCAAAGAGAACAAAAAUAAAGUAUAUUAGUUAAUAUACUGAAUACUGUAUAUUAAACAAUAAUUUGUGUUUAUAUGUAUAAAAGAACUUUUUCAAUGUUUCUUUAUUGUCAGAUAUUUAAAAAAAUAAAUGUAAAAACUUUAGAA